GUAGGAAUGAGUUUCCGUACCAAGCUCGCGCUAUGUUCGCAAUUGUGAACUAUACGCUCGAUAGGCACAACUUGGUGUUCCGUGACAUGAUUUUGUUUUGGACGAUAUACGGGCGCUUUCCUUACUUCGUUCCUAGUCCAUAGCAACUGCAGCAUUCAUGUGAUGUUCUUCAGCGCUGCCAGUAAUUUUAUCCUAGCGUAGAUAGUUUUAAAACUAAGUGGUAUGCUUGUCGCAAAUGACCUGACGUUCCAGCUCUGACCAGGAAUUCCUGUUCGGGACGAUUCAGCUGAACCGAAGUUGCUUAUUUCGGCCCACGUGUAUUCUUAAUUAGUUUGAGGACUUUGAAAUUAUUUAACAUUUGCAGAACAUUCCACGCGUUCGAGGAUAUCUGAAGACACAUGUCGUACUUUCAACAAAAGAAGCCAAAUAUGCGGCCUGAAGGAGAGCGCCGCUUUCUGGACAAUGACUACGACGUGUUCAUGGACACUCCAGAGAUGCUUGGGGCAAGCUUGCCAAUGCUUGGCUCCGGAGGGAAUUUUGAGGCCAUGAUCCAGAGCAACAUGCCUCAACUGCCAGCGGACGUUGUGAUGUACGGCGAUGACGAUAAGGUUGCUGCCCUGCUCGGCAACAUUGACGAGGUUCUCGAGACCUUCAUUCCUAUCCCAGACAUGCACAAGCCGCCUCCACCGCCACCGCUGUUUGCUGGCGCCGGGUCCCUGCUCAUGGGCUCUCCUCCUCCAGCGCCCCCGUCGCCGCUUGAGCCCUCGUCCCUCCUGCCAACAAACGCCCUGGCUUUUAAGGGGCCUGCAGCCGCAUCGCUGCCUGACCAUGGGCAACAAGGGCAACAGCAGCGCGGCCUGUCAAGGAUGGGGAACAGCGUGCAGCCAGCACACCCACCACAGUCGCUGCAACAGCAGCUGCUGCAACACCGUUCGCAGCCGCCUCAGCAGCCGCCAAGGCAGCAGCAGCAGCUCCUGCAGCCGCAGCCCAACAGCGGUCCUGCACCUGCUGCUUCCGCCGCAACCAUGGUGGCUAGUCCGCAGAUGCAGACGUUUGCUGCUGCGCCCGGAAGCUGGGUUCCCAUGGGACAGCUGUCUCAGACUCCGACAUGGCCUUCUAUGUACGACCAGGGUCAUGCCCUUCCGCGGAUCAAAGUAGUCGGGCCUCAAAUGCAACCGUCCGGCUACGCUCCAAAUCCGUUACCCUCCAACGGCCAUGCUAUGGGUGCUUCGCAUGCACCGAUGAUGCCUGGAACCCCAUGGGGUGCCACAUCCAGGGAAUCUGGACAUCUCUGCAUGUCCCUGCCGAACACCUGGCAGCGUAUGUCACUGCCGGCUGACGCAACCGCGGCGGCCGCAGCUGCCGUGAAUGGCCUCAUCGACGCAGGACCGACCGCUGACCCAUGGGUCACCUUUGCUACUGACUCUCACUGCAUCUCUGUGCCCACGGCGGCCCCUUGCAGCCAGCUGGCUGCUCCGAUGCAGGGAAACAACACCUACGGUGAGAGCAGUUCAGUUGCUGUGGCGGCUGAGGCUGCGGCCCGAGGCAGGGGCAGGGGCUAUGGCUCAUCAACAACAAUCCCUGCCCCUGCGGCCAAGGCUAUACGCACCUCCAAGGAUGAACAGGCCGCCCAGCCAGACGGCGAGGAAUGGAGCUGGCCUAUCGAGCUCGACGCCCAUCCCAACACCACAGGAGCCGCAGCUGCGGCCAAGGCGGCAAGCCCGGCGGUCAGCCCUUGUCAGCAGCCCCGACCUGAGGGAACGGCUGCAGGCGCUGCAGGCGGUGCCGUAGCUGCUGCGUCAACACCUACGCGAGGCGCUAGCGAUGGUGAUGGGGACAAGUUCUGGUCGCCUUUCCGCGUGGGCCUGAGUCAAGCUGACACCUCAAGCCCGGCACCCGCACCCGCAGCAACGGGGCCUGCCAUGGGGUUCCCUUGCGGACCUCCUAAGCACGCUGCUGCUGCUUCCGCUCCCGCUGCUGGUGCUGCUGCUACGCUCGUGGCGGCAUGCCCUGUCGUCUCGCGGCCUCUGCUGCCGCUGCCUCACUUUGCUUCAGACCGGCGCUUUGUUGCGGCGGGGCCGCCGUCGCACAUUUGGACUCCACAUGCAGAAGACGACGUCAGCCAAAGGCUUGUGAGCAGCGGCAUCAUUGGAGGCGCUGGUGGUGGUGAUGGGGGUGUUCUGGCCUUGGACGUCAAUGACGGUCCGGCAAUGCCCGCGGCUUCCAACAAUGACAGCCAGCUCGGUAUGCGCGACAGUGAGAUAUCAGAGAUGCGGGAUCUUGCCCAGAUGCUGUGCGCCCAUGUGCCCGAACAUCACGGCACGUUCGACGAUGUUUUGGUGCCUCCCUCGCCCCCGCCACUUGCGCGUUCACCGUCGCCGGUCUCGCGACCACAGCGGCAGCAAGAGCGGCAUAAGGAAGAACAGCCGCCGCAGCAGCAACAACAAGAGCAACUGCAGCUUCAGGCCAACACCAACACCAACAACGGCAACGGCAACGAGAACAAUAACCAGGCUUCGGAGCACAUGACCGGCAUCUACUGCCUGAGCCCUAAUUUGACUCCCUCACCCGUUGUUGCAAGCCGCGAUGACAGCGGUGCUGCGCCGCGCUUUUCGGCCGUGCCGUUGACUGGUCACAAGGGCCGCCUGGGGCCCGGAAGCGGCAGCAGCGGUUCAGAGGUGGCGGCGGUUAGCGGCGCCAGUGGAAACGGCGGCGGCGGCGGUCGUACGACACCCGCAGAGGAGCUCAGCGGUGGCAGCGGAAUCGAUACCUCCACGACCUCCAAGCCCUCUUCCGGCCUGCCAACCAGAGCCUCCUCCCUUCCCGACGCCCUACGAAGGCAGCAGAGCACCACCACCAGCCGCCCCAGGGCCGCACAGCCGCCAUGGCAGCAGCAGCCCAGCCGCCUGCAUGACGGACCUGACCCACGGGUCGGCAGCGACGAUGACAGCGGCGACGGAGGGGAGGAAGUCGUAGGCCGAAUGAGUGCUGCUAACCGCUGGCGCUUGCACACGCGUGGCGGCGGUCGUGGUGGACGCGUCGCCGCCAAGGCCCGGGCAGCUGCUAGGGCAGCCGUGAAAUGGCCCGAGAACCCCGCGACAGAAGCAGCAGCAGCGCCCGCGGCACCAGCGGAUGGAGCGGCAGCAGUUGCGGCAGCGGAUGGAGCGGUCGUCGCGGGUGCUGAGGAUCGCGCAGGAGAGGGCGGCGAGGGUGCGGCACAGGAGGACAAGGGCGGAGAGACUCGGCCGCCAGCUCGGUGCUAUCGGCGGGCUGCCAUCGGCCUCACGCAGAAGUCUCUGAGCCAGCACUACCACCGACCAAUUAAGGAGGUUGCCCGAGAGAUGGGUCUGAGCCUGUCGUGCUUCAAGAAGGAGUGCCGGCGUCUUGGUGUGCCUCGCUGGCCCGCUCGCAAGCUCAACUGCCUCACGAAGAUGCGAGCGACCGUGUUGGCGGAGACCAAACCCUCACAAAAAGACAAGCAGGGCCUUCUGGAGCUAAUGCAGCAGAACAUCGACGACAUCAUCCACAACCCGGAGGCCCCAAUGUACGUACAGUUUACACGGUUACGUCACGAGCAGUACAAGAUGCGAUCUGGUAUCCGUCGGGGCGGCGGCGGCGGCUCCGGGAGGGGUCGGGUGAGCGGCGGGCGCCGCCGGCAUAGCGGUGAUGACCCCAGCAGCAGCGAUGGUGACAGUGCUACCGAGAGCGACGAGUAGGAGGGUUGCGACGUGCGGGGAUGGAUGGUCCUGGAGGGGCAUGCGGCCACAUAACGAUUGAAUACUACUAGGUGAAUUGGUGAGGAAUGUUGGGAGGGUUCGGCUGGAUUGGCCUGUCGUCGACUGUAGAACGCUGUGAGCUGAUUUAUGAAGGAUUGAAGGAAGCGGUGCGGUAUAAUGUAUGGUGGUGUAUUUAUCCGCUUAUGCAGUCAUCCCGCUGAUUUAUGCAGCAUGCAGGUUUUCGGAGGAACGUCUGUGCAAGUCGUUUUUGCAUGUCACUCUCGUGUGCCACUACCGUGCUUUACCGCCUGCGGGUUUCCAGGGCUUUGUUUUCGGGACAUCAUGAUGCACGACGGCUUUGUAUUUUCAGCCCAUUCUUCAUCACAGCGUGCGUCAGUAACAUUGUAGGUCGCGUGCACCAGGAGGGGCCCCCUCUUCGGCCGCGCAUACGCGGGCCUUGCGAACUGCUUUCGCUAAAAGUUGAACAAGUUGAUUACGUCCGGCAUAAGAAGUUCAUGCGUUUAGUUUAGAGAUGUCCCAUCUACUCAAUGGGAUUGCCACACUUUGCUCGGGACGGAGGUGCUAGUCAUAUCUAGCUUGCAUCAAUUGCAGACCCAGAGCAUACGACUGGUUUUGUCUCAAGAUAUGAAGUUAUGGUUGCCUGUUUGGGGCACUUUCGUGACUGAGCGGCGAUGGGCUAGGCGAGGAACUCGAAAGAGAUGGGGAGCAUGAGGGAUGACAUGUUAUGCGAUGUUUUACUGUCCUCAUGCCCAUGCAUGAUGCCCCUUUUUGUAGGAACGGGCGCGUAUACGAUUUCGGAUUGAACGGUGAUAUGGUGUUCACGAUACUAUGCACGCGUCCGGUCACCCCUUGCUGAUCAACUUGGGUUGUAGGAUGCCACUUGAUGCGGACGUUAUGUUGUUGUAGUAUUAUACUUUACGAUUACGGUGUCAACGUGUCAUGUUGUUGCUGCAAAACACCUGCUUUUCAACCUGUGUAGGUGCGCGCAGGGCUUCAGCACACGCCUUCUCGUGUCUUCCCCUCACACAUAUGAACGUUCUGAGUGUUUUGAACGUUCCAUGGGCAUACAGC